UCAGCGCAAGGGAAACAAGUGCACAUGGUAGAUGAAAGCUGACAGGAAGGCAGCGCGGAAACGUCUCAGAGCACUCUUUGGUGAUAACGGGUGUGUGCAUCGCGUGGUGUCCGAAGGCACAGCAUCAUGAGCCAGUGGAAGCAGAUUCAACAGCUGGAGAUCAGACUCCUGGAACAGGUGGAUUACCUGUAUGACGAUAACUUCCCCAUGGACAUCAGGCAGGGGCUGGCCAGCUGGAUCGAGUCUCAGGACUGGGACACCGCGGUGAACGACGAGUCGAUGGCUGGCGUGCUCUUCACCAACCUGCUGACCCAGCUGGAGAGGGUGCGCUCGCAGGAGCAGAACUUUCUGCAACGACACAACAUGAAAAUAAUUCAGCAGCAGCUGCAACUGAAAUACGCCACCAAUCCUGCUGUAAUGGCCAGAGUCAUCUCCACCUGUCUCAGGGAAGAGCGCCGUAUUCUCUCCAGUGCCUGCAUGCAAGAACAGGGUCCUCUGGAGAAGUCUUUGCAGAACUCUGUGGCAUUUGAGAGGCAGAAGAACAUGGACAACAGAGUUGGGAUCAUCAGGGGCAGCGUGCAGUUGAUGGACCAGGCUGUGAAAUACAUCGAGGACAUGCAGGAUGACUUUGAUUUCCGCUACAAGACCCUGCAGUCUCGAGAAUCAACUGAUAGAAACUCUGACGUGAUGAAACAGGAAGUAACAAGGCUACAGGAAAUGCUAAACCGGCUUGACUUUAAAAGGAAGGAGAUUUUAUCAAAGAUGGACGUUGUGAUCAAAGAGAUUGACGACCUGAUGACCUCUCAGCUCAACCCCGAGCUGCAGGACUGGAAACGAAGGCAGCAGAUUGCUGCCAUCGGGGGUCCUCUGCUCACCGGGCUGGAGCAGCUGCAGAGCUGGUUCACCCUGACUGCCCAGAGCCUUUUCCAGAUCAAGCGUCAGCUGGACAAACUGGGGGAGCUGGUGGUGAAGGUGACCUAUGAGAGCGACCCAAUACCCCUGCAAAAGCCUCAGAUGGAAGAGAGAGUGAAAUAUCUCAUCUACCAUCUCAUCAAGAGCUCAUUUGUGGUGGAGAAGCAGCCAUGUAUGCCCACACAUCCACAGAAACCCCUCAUCAUUAAGACUGGAGUACAGUUCACCACCAAAGUCAGACUCCUGGUUAAACUUCCAGAAGUGGAUUAUCAGCUGAAAGUGAAAACAACAUUUGACAAGGACCUCCCCCCGGGCAGAGUAAGUCGUCAGUUUUUCAUCCUGACCAACAACACUAAAGUUAUGGACAUUGAGGACUACUCAAACGGCUGCCUCUCAGUGGAGUUCAGACAUCUGCAGCUGAAAGAGAAGAAAUACAUCAACGGCACCAAAGGGAACGAGGGCCUGCUCUCUGUGACAGAAGAACUUCACUCUCUCAGUUUUGAGGCCUGCUUCACGGUGCAGGGCCUCACCAUCGACCUGGAGACGUGUUCCCUGCCGCUCGUUGUGAUUUCCAAUGUGAGCCAGCUGCCUGGAGGCUGGGCCUCCGUCAUGUGGUACAACCUCCUGACUGAUGAGCCGAGGAACCUGGCUUUCUUUGGGAACCCUCCUCGGGCCAGCUGGAGCCAGCUCUCUGAGGUCCUCAGCUGGCAGUUCUCCACUUUUGCCGGGCGAGGCCUCAACAAAGAGCAGCUCACCAUGCUGGGAGAAAAGCUCUUUGGUCAGCAUGCCUCCUGCAGCGACUAUCAAGUGUCCUGGUCCAAGUUUUCCAAGGAGAAUAUUCCAGGGAAGCCGUUCAGCUUCUGGAUGUGGCUCGACUCGAUCCUGGAGCUCAUCAAGAAGCACCUGCUGCCGGUCUGGAAUGAGAACUACAUCAUGGGAUUUGUGAGUAAAGAGAUGGAGCGAGCCUUGUUGAAGGACAAAGAGCCAGGCACGUUCCUGUUACGCUUCAGCGAGAGCCACCUCGGCGGAAUCACCUUCACCUGGGUGGAGCACGGCGAUAACGGUGAGGUGAAGUUUAACUCUGUGGAGCCUUACACUAAAAACCGGCUCAGCGCGCUUCCGUUCGCCGACAUCAUUCGAGACUACAAAGUGAUCUCAGACGGGGUUGUCCCCGAAAACCCACUCAAGUUCCUCUACCCCGACAUCCCCAAAGACGAGGCAUUCGGGCGGCUUUACAACAGCCAGCCCAGCAAAGUGCAUCCUUACAUCCCAUCAACCCUGAUCCCCAUCUCAGAAAUGCGGUGA